CCAUCAUGGACCACCUAAAGUUAACUGUGGAUAAAUUAUCGGUGGAUGCGGUGAGCGAGCUGGUGGUAGAUGACAGCUGCGGAGCAGUGUCUAUAUUUGUGGGGACGACUAGAGAUAAUUUUGAAGGCAAAAAGGUGUUGCGACUCGAGUAUGAAGCAUACGAGCCGAUGGCGCUGAAAGCCAUGAAGGCCAUCUGCGACGAAGUGAGGAGCAAAUGGAGCGCUGUACAUAGCAUAGCUAUAUAUCAUAGAUUAGGCAACGUUCCCUGCCGCGAAGCGUCCGUAAUCAUCGCCGUCUCCAGCCCGCACCGUCGCGACUCACUAGAUGCUGUCUCGCUCUGCAUCGAGCUGCUGAAGGCGAAGGUACCCGUGUGGAAGCGAGAGGUGUACGCGGACGCGGCGCCGGCUUGGAAGGAGAACCGAGAAUGUGACCCAACCCCGCCCUCCCCACCCGACACAGUGGAUAAGAACCUGAUCCAAAUCAACGUGUCCACGGCAGAGCUGCAGAAACGUAUACAGAACUUCAUCGAGAGAAAGAGAGAACAGGUAAACAUCAGCAACAUCCACGACUUCAUUCCCGGGGUAGAUCAAGAGAGCGAGACAGAAGAUACGUGUGCGAGAGUGCGCACACAAUUUGUGAGAAGAAGCGACUCCAAGGGACAUUUGAAGAUACGCAAGGUCCACAACGAAUGGGGCCCGCAAACGGUCUCCUCCUUCCCUCCCCAACCCGCACCCCUACCGGGCGCCAUAGCCGAAAGGGUCCUCAACAUUGAGAAAUUCCUCAACAUGGGGCCCGUGGCGCCCGACAUCUACAGGCGGCUGAAGGAGAUGGAAGAUAGAAUAGCGCAGCUGCAGGCCAUAUCGCCGGAGUACGCGGACUUCUGGAAAACGCAAAAGGAUAAAAGUGAGAGCGAGCAGAAACCAACCAUCGACUUCAUCUAUUCGGCGGACGACAUCGCUCGCAAGAUAGAACAGCUCGAGAAAAUGGAGGACACGUGAAAUACAUUGUAUACAAUUACAAAUUGCAUUUUUGAUACUAGCUUUUAUCGACGGGUGUAGUCGCCAUCAGAUAUAUCGGAGAGGCCGAGGCGCUCAGAAAUAUCUGAACACGCACUCUAACUCCUUGACAAUGGGGUUGGCAACUGUCAAAGGUUUGCAUAGAUGGCGCCAUCAUAGCUUGCCCCUGUCUCUAGUUUUGUUCUAUGAGAUUUGGCUUAAAGUACUGGAAUCCAGGUCACAAAAUUUCAAAAAAAAAAACAAGAAUUUGACACAAUUCUACGGAUUGACAGGGCAAGCUAUGAUGGCGCCAUCUGUUUAAUACUUCGACCGGCCAACCCCAUUAGAGCCGUGUUCAGAUAUUUGUGAGACUUUACUUUCACCACUUUCAACAUUCAUCUGUUUCUUAUUGCGACGAUUCAAAUUGUUAUUUUUUUUUAUUUCAUUGUAAGUUUGAGAAAAGCAUUAGAUAUACAAAUCUCGGCGAGAAACGGGGUUGCCGGCCGCGCAUCCUUAUCGGCCUCGCUCGCUCGGCCGUCUGUAUCUACUUGGACUGCAACACUUCGUUCCCGGCCUCUAAAGUAAUGUACUAUUAACCUAAUGUCCUAAUACUAUAGUACACAUUACCUCUAAUGAAAUUUGAUCUAGUCAAAUGGAACAGAGUUGCUUUUGUUUUGCUUCGUUCGAUUUAAAAACAAAACAUAUUCAACUCUUUUUUUUUCGAGUAUCAUUGACUCAGAUUUGAUUGCCAAUUUUCUUUGAAUGGUGGGCCGCUAGUGGUUAAAUAUAUACACCGUGUUUUUUUUUAAUUCCGUUAAUUUCAAGGGUGCAUUCCUGAGCUUAAAUUAAUUAACUUUCUCAAAGACACCGGUAUUCUAAUUAACUCCAUUUCGGAGAUAAUCAAUAUUUUAUUUAUAUCUUAUAAAGCCCUUACGAGUGUGUACACUUACCUUAGGGCCUGUUCACAUAUUGAUUAGUGUUUAAUACGGGUUAAUACAUUUGGUACUAAACGUAAGUACUAUCUCGGACGAUCGAUGUUCGAAAUGACAUUGAUAUGUCACAGUUUUCAAUUGUUUGAUUGAGAUAAAUGUAAUGCCCGUGCAACAACAACGCUAUAUGCAACAUUUAAUUGCUUUUUAUAACAAAAAAAAUGGUAAAAAAAAAUUAUAAAAAAAAAUCUUCAAAUCCUUUAACGUACUCGUACUUACCAAUACCCCGAAGUUAACGGAAUUCAAAAAAACACGAUGUAUAAUUAAGGUCUUAGCACAUUAUUAGAACUCAACAGCCACUCGACUCAAAAUUAAAUAUUGAAAUUAAAGCCUUAUCUUGUAUGUCCAACAGUACAAUGUUUAAAAUUUAGGUAACUGUCGGGUGGUCUACGCGUCGUCCACUCGUCGUCCACUAAGGUGAACCAAAAGUGAGUUGAGUGGGUGUGGAAUUGAUAUAGUGUGCGGAGACCUUAAGUCAACAUCCCUAUUAGGCUGUAAAAUAUCUACUUUAGUUUUCUAAGGCAUUUCAAAUAAAUAAGCUUAUUGGAUUAUUGUAAAAAUCCAGAAUGAUUACAUGUAUGAGGUAAAAAAUAAAAGGCAGUAAAAUUGUCUUAUAAAUCUA